AGGUUGGUGACGGUUGCAGUAAUGGCUUGGCGUCAGUCUUAUUCCCUACAGGCUCUGGAGAGUGAAGAUACCUUACCAACAGUAACUUCAAAUAAAACCACUUACUCUGCUGAGACAGGAUCACCAGGAUCUCGCUAUGUCGCUAACGGAACUACCGUACCAGAAACACAAUAUCCAAAUACUGCAUUCUCUAAAGAUGUCGACAACAGGUCCCCAGACAAUACACAAGAUGAAACCGUGGCUGAGGUAAAAUCAAGUAAACAUCUCGUGAUGAGAUUUCUGCUACUUGGGUUUAUAAUGAUGUCGCUCAUUUAUAGUUUCACACUUGCUCAACUCGUCACUGUCCAGUACAUGUACGCGUAUAUUCGCAAGUCUUUGUUUCCUAAUGUCAGCUUCAGUACUAACGAGUCGGAAUGUCAGAUUAACACCACCUCGCAGCUCUACCGUGACCAACAGACCGUACAAAAGCUGGUAGCUCAGCUCAACAUCUACGGAGAGUUGGCAAAAGGAAUACCGGCGAUAUGUUGUAUUUUCUUUUACGGUUCAUUGAGUGACAAGUACGGGAGAAAGACAAUUAUCCUCAUUCCAUUUAUAGGAAACAUGAUAAAAUGUAUUCUGACUACAAUAGGCACAUACCUAAAUUGGAAUAUUUAUAUUUUUAUUGUGUUUUCCUUCAUUGACGGAUGUGGAGGAGGUUGGGUAUUGGCGAUGUCCAUCGUAAUGUCCAUAGUAGCUGACGUCACAAAACCCGGUAAGACGCGAACAUUUGUAAUUGCCAUGACAGAGCUGUCCUUGGGAUUCGGUUUGAUCAUUGGAGGUUUCACUUCCGGUUUUAUAAUAAAAGCCGAAGGUUUCACAAUCGCCAUGGUAGUAAGCGCCUGCUGUUCGCUCCUUCCCGUGAUAUUGUUGAUUUUUGUACAAGAGACAUUACACAAGCCAAAGGAAAAAGAAAGGAAAUCUGUUGCUCAACUUGCUGUUGACAUUUAUGUAUUUUACUUCAGAGAUAGCGCCCUCUAUGGGAAACGGAAGGUGUUUGUGGUGUGCAUCUUAAUUUACUUCUUCAUCAUCCAGUCGGCUUUUGGUGCCAAUGGGAUAGAACCUUUGUAUGUAUUAAACUCGCCAUUUUGCUGGAGUUCUGUACGGGUCGGUAUCUACAUUACUGUCCGCACCGGUCUUCCGUUCGUCACUGGGAUGCUAUUUUUCGGCCCUCUACAAAGAUGCUUAGAUGAAUGUGUCAUAGCCGCCAUCGCAACUCUAUCCAAUUUGGCGGGCUUUGCCCUGGAGGCGUUUUCUUAUAAUACCGUUAUGCUCUUCAUUGUUCCGGUACUGAGCUUCGCUAGAACCAUGGCGGUGCCGGUAGUUCGGGGAGUAAUGUCACGUCUAACGCCACCGGGAAAACAAGGUUGUAUGUUUGCUGGAAUAGCUAUCGUGGAGACGUUCUGUUCCCUGUUUGGAAGCGUCGCGGCCAACGCCAUAUACGGACGGACCGUGGAGGUGUUCCGUGGUGCUGCUUUCCUUGUCCUCUCUGGAUAUCUGUUUGUGGCAUUUAUUCUUUCCCUUGUCCUUUACAAGCUCACUAGACGACUAAAGGCAGACAGACAGGCAAAGUGACGACUGAAGGAAGACAGACAGGCAAUGUGACGACUGAAGGAAGACAGACCGGCGAAGUGACAACUGAAGGAAACAGAUUGGCGUAGUGACGACUAAAGGCAGACAGACCAGCGAAGUGACGACUAAAGGCAGACAGACCGCCGAAGUGACGACUGAAGGAAGACAGAUCGGCGUAGUGACGACUAAAGGCAGACAGACCAGCGAAGUGACGACUAAAGGCAGACAGACCGCCGAAGUGACGACUAAAGGAAGACAAACAGACGAAGUGACGACUGAAGACAGAAAGACCGGCGAAGUGACGACUGAAGGAAGACAGACCGGCAAAAUGACGACUAAAGGAAGAUAGACCGCCGAAGUGACGACUGAAGGCAGACAGACCGGCAAAGUUCAAGAAACAAACUCUGCAUAACGUUAACAAAGCACUUGCUUAACAAUCUCGAAACUUUUACUUCAUACAUGUACAUAAUGUGCAUUGAAUAACGGUAGACAUUUAAGAUAUCUAACUAUGUACUGUUUUGUUCUUGGAAGUGACAUGUUUACGUGUGCUUAAUUUGACAGGGAUCUGCUUUUUUUAUUCACCAUUUCCUACUGUUGGUAGCAUUUGAACAAAUACAAAUGUAAAGCAACAGAAGAAUCAUCCAUAUACGUACAGACAUCCAACUUGGAUAAACCUGUUUAUUCGAACAAGUGACAAGGUUCUUGAGUUACUCUGAUUGUGCUUUGUUGUAUAUAAAAGAUUCCAUCAGACAAGACCCCUAACUCUUUCUGUUUAAUAUUGAUGAUAGCAUUAGAUGGCAAUUAUAUCACACAGAAGCUUAAAUAAAUGACACUACAGACAAUCUUACACAGGGUCCAUAUCUCGGUCUUCUCUCCCGACGUAACAGCAACAGUUCGGCCUUAGUCAUAUGCGUUGUCACACUUCAAGCUCUCUAUUAUAUUUUCCCAUUAAAAGACUUAUUUCUUUUAUUCCUCUAUGGGUCCAGAUAUGUAUUAAUAAUAGAUCAGGCUAACAAAGCAUCAAAUAUGGAUUAUAAAUUAUUAUCAUGGUCAGAUCCGUUUUGAUACGGAGGCUAAAUAUACAGCACGGAUAUGAAAUUUAUCAAACUAAGUUAUUUUGAGGUAAAUCCUAUGUACAGCUAGCUGACAGACUUGGGGUUUUAUCAAUAAAACAGUUUAUCAUAAGACCAAUUUAAUCUCUACUCUAGAUUAGAAAGAGUACUUAAUCUUAUGAAUUGACAUUAAUGAUGAACCACAUACAAAUUCUGCUUAAAGGUUGUACUCAUUCUUGUGAGGUUUCAACUACAAGCAUGCCUCAUUUUGAUGUUGUUUAACCAAAUUGGUAAUAUUUCAUGAAAUACGACCAAUCAUAAUUGCUAAAACGCAUAUGAAAAUAUAUCUGUAAAUCUCGUUUUUUGUUUACUGUUUUCACAAAAUUGAAAACUGAAAUUGGUUUCCCUUUUACCAACUAUGCUUUCGAUCAAAUAUGGAACAAUUAAUUUUAUUCCUAAAAAAGAAUGAUUGAAAGAAAUGUAUGCUGUAUUUCCUCUAUUGGACUCCCCCGGGGCCCGAGACACGCCAUUUAUAUAAAUUUAAUUCCCCCUCUCUCAAGAAUGCUUCAGAAAAAAAUAUGAACAGAAUCCUGACAUUCUUAUGAUAGAAGGAUUUUAAAGAAUAUGCUAAGGUUGGGCAUAGUUAAUAAGGCCACAGGGGCCGAGAACAAACAUUUAUACAACAUCGGUUACCCUUCCCCAAGGAUUCUUCUGACCAAAUCAAAAUCCGCUGGGUCGUUCAUUACUAGUAGCGAUUUUUAAGAAAAAGUUGACAGACUGACGCCUGUUACUGGGCGACACACGCCGAGCCAUUGUUCUUCGGACCAGGUGCCCUUAAUUUUAGGAUACGUGAACUAUGUACACAGAUAGGAUAGCAACAGCUUCACAAAAUGCUUAAUACCAACAAUCAAUGAGCAAAUAUAACCGAUGUCAAGUGGUAUCUAGUAAAUUGCAAAAAAAAUGAGUAUGUGUCAUGAAUUAUGACUAAAGUAUACAGAAUUGGCUUGAUUUCAAUUUGAUGAUGCUAGCCCCUUAAAAAUUGAUUGAAGAGGAUGUGGGAAUAAAAAAUUUAAGCUUUAAAUAUUUUUAAGAAAAAUAAAUUUAAGAAUCUGUUCUUUUGGGCUUCAGUCACGUUGAAGUCUCGUUUCGAUCUUGCAUACAAAACUGUUGCAAUGUAUAACAAA